AUGGCGCCUAAACGUUGUAAUUUGUGGUUCAAAAGCAAACAGUUCAAGACAAAAGACAAGCAAAUAUUACACGGAGUGCGACACUCGCCACCAUCCUCUAACACGUCUAGCCCAGAUGGUAGCCCAAAGUUGCAGAAAUCCCCGACUGGAUCACCCAAACUGCCACGCGCCCUGGACGCAGCGGCGCCUCCGGAAACCGGCGACUCACAGAUCCCCAUGGCAACAACAACAAUUAAGCCACAAAAUCUCAGAUGUUUGUGUUGCACCCGAUGUCUCCGGCCAUUUCACCGUCUAGGACGGCGGCAAAUUAAGACGCCUGCCUGUCCAGCCGUAGGCGUGGCUGACGAUCCUACAAACUCUUCAAUGUGUUCCCGCUUUCCCAGUCCGACAGGGACUGCGACUAACGCAGAGGCCCCAUAUUCAUGCCAUAAACCUUCAACAAUGAUCAUUUCGGGUCCGAGUGAACCGGCCUCCGCGACCGCAUCAGGGCCUGUCGGUAAACUCGACCUUACCUUGACUGAAACCAUUGACGAUAGGUACCAGAAGGAGGGGUCGGAGAGGACAGAAGAUGGUGUAAACCGGUGUCUCGAACCGAGAAAGUGUGAUCUGGAUUCGGCUACACCCUGCCAUAACCGAGUGCACACAGGAGAGCCUUUCAGUGCAGCUCUAACAUGUGAAAAACCCACUCAAAGUCAGAGCUUUCAGCCAUUAUCCUCGAUACAGGUACACUUUCCUAGAGCCUCUCUUCUAAAAGGAGAUCAGGCUAUCGAAUCCACCUCGUCAGACGGAGGAAGAGGUGUCUAUCCGGGGCGGUUGGACACGGAGCUGGGCACAUAUCGGGUAGCAGCAACUGAAGCAGACACCCACGCAAGCAUCACUUAUGGCCAUGGCUUUGAUAAAACAGCUGGGCACACAAACAAGCAAGGCGAGACAGUUUUCAUUUCGGCUAAGGUUCAUUGUCCCCAAUCCAAAUCAGAUACCCCUUUUAGCCAGACUCGAGAUUUUAGCGUUUUGCCCCACUGCACCUACGCAACCAACGCAAACCCAACGGCCACUGUACAAAUCCCUUGCACCCCAUCUUCCUCCUCCUCAACUGUUACUCCUGUCCCUACCUCUGUAGCGCCGUUUCAUCCAAAUGGUCAACCAGUUGGGGUGGAAAAAGGGCCUCGAUUGGGCGUAGUUGAGACAAACAAGCCUGAAUCAUGCCCUCUUGGCGCUACUCCAAUUUCAUCUUUUGCCUCCCUCUCGCCUUCCAUCCCUCCCUCUACCCCAAUUCGCGCUGAUGUCCCGAUCGUUUCUGAUCGAACGGGAUGCAACGAUGCUGUAACUACGCACACAACCGCGAAAAUCGCCACGACCAACACUACCCAUUCUGUCAAUUCGACCCAAUCUACUUUCAUCUUAACUUCGGAUCACUACGACCAUUUGACUCGGAAUAAAUUGGUUCCAACUAAUUCUGAACGAUUUGCUCCUUCGACUGUGGAUAAACCGGCACCUCUGGUGAACAAACGUCGUCGACGUCUACGCAAACGCUUACGCAACUGGCUGUAUGGUUUGUUGUCACCCUGUGGCUGCGCGCGACGUCGGGCCGGGUCUGAAUCUCCCCCAUUCACUGCGCACUCUCAACCCUUUCCAUUGCCUCGGGAACGGGCUCGUUCUCGGGCUCGGAUCUCGGGCAAACCUCGACGCACAUGCUGCUCACCCUGCUGCCUUGGAUGCUGUACUUGCUGUUGCCGUGGCUACUCGGGCUCUACUGAAUCAUUUGCAACUGUCCAAACAAAUGUGCGUAACUCGCGAUACAUUCUGUCUCCACAAACGACAGAUAAAUCGGCUGAGUACAAGGAGCACGAGGUUGCAGCCGGCGAUGUCGAGGAAUAUUGGUACGGAUCGCGAAGUCCUGCAACACUUGUCCGUGAAUUGCACGAGACAAUCUGCAGCGUUGAAGUGAUUCAACCGCAAAAAUCCCCUAAACACCUGGUGGAGGCAAGCAAAGCAAACCUUACCUCACUCGUAACGGAGCAGGAGGCGAACUCUAGAUUGAAAUCAGAAGAGCUGAACAAUCAGUUCACUCUUCAGGCGGCAACGACGCCGGCAUACAGUGGCGGACAUCAGAUUGAACAGAAGGAGUCCGAGGAGUAUACAAAAACCAAAAUAUAUCCGUACACUAGACCAGGCUGUACUACUGCUCUGCUACUAGCCAGCGAUGGUUUGAGCGAUACCGAAAAAUCUUGGCUAUCGGAAGCAGUUAAUCGUCCGGAGGAGGUGCUGGUCCAAAGACAGGCUAAGAGGAUUUUGCUGCCAGAGUCAGAUUCACUUUGUUCUGACGAACAAAAUGGAGAGGAGGAGAGCUUUAAAGAAUUGGAACCAGAUGAGCCAGAUGCUAUACAUUUAACCAAAAUAAAUCUUCCAGAACUUGUGGUCUUAGAGGGAACAGAAGUGGUCACUUUCAGCUCAGUCGACUCCCUAGCUUCGUGGCAGGCAAAAGAACUCCAAUGCGACGGGAAGAAGACUAAUUUCUACUCUCAGAUAGAACAAGAAGACGAGGAGGAGAGUGAUUUUGUCAGUAUGCAGUCGAGUUCCUCAGUUGACUUGGAGGAGGCCGGCGCAUUGGUGAGCCAAGUGGAGACUUUGACAAAAGAAAGCCAACUUGAAGCGUCUCAUGAAGAAACCGUAUCAGACGAUGUGUUUGGUACCUUCUCAGAAGUUGACGAAUCAGUACGUCGUGCCGUAAUCAGUGAUGCCUGCUGCGUUGUCGCCUUGGCGCGGGAGGAAGCCGCGCUCAUCUGCCAGUCUCGACAUACUGUAUUUGCUUCUUUACUGGCAAAUGGAACAGUGCCUCAUGCUACUGAAGUUAUAGCAAAUACUGCAGACUGUGAGGCAAGCAAACUGGCCUCAGUGUUGGUGACAGAUUUAGACAAGGUGUCUUCAUGUGGAGUUACAUCCACCUCGAGCAUUGCCGGUUCAGUGGAUACUCAGAUGAACAUGCAACUUAUCGAGUCAGUCGAUGCAGCAUCAGAGCCUGAGUACAUCUCGCUCGGCAGUACCGAGGUUCAGGUGGGUGGUAUCACAAGUCAGAAUUUCUAA